CAAGCGUUCAGAACCUGGAGGAAACGAGAAAAGAUUAGAUCGUGUUGUUCUGCGCAGAUGAACUUUAGGACUAUGAUCUUAAAACGACAAUAUUUCUCUGUCCACAUCAAAAGGAUUUUGGCGUAUCCUUGGUUUAUUUAUGGAGCGUGCUUCCAUUGCGUCUUUGGCUCUUAUAAUCCGAGAUUAACUCUAAAACAAGAUGAUGCACUUUUAUACAACAGAAAUUACAGUCAUACAGUCUUAUUUAAUCAGGAAGGAUCAAAGCGUCUGUUUGUUGGAGGAAUAAACAAUGUUCUACAUUUUGAUGUAGACAGUCAUCAGAUUGUGGAGAACUUUACUCUGAAUCCAAACUCAAGGUGUGGUGAGAGCUCCUGUGAAAAUGUUGUCACAAUAAUUGAGAGGUUUCAGGACUACACAUUUGUAUGUGGAACAAAUGGAGAGCAGCCAAUGUGUUGGAAACUGUUUCCCAGAGAAACCAAUCAUUCCACAGAGGUUAUAGAUGGCACAGGAAUCUCACCUUUUAAAGGUUCACAAAACUCCUUGUCGCUGUUGGCAGAUGGAGAUCUCUAUGUGGCAGCUCCUUUAUACAAUGAUGGAACCCUGCUGCAGUUUCGCAGAAAAGCUGGACAACGAACCAGCGUAUGGAUGCACGAUCAAUGGGUCUCAGGACCUACUUUUAUUUCCAGUUUUUUGGCCAAGCGCAAGAAUGACCCCUUGAAUGAGAAGAUAUAUGUCCUAUUUCGUGAGAAAAACUCAGACACGAGUCCAGAAGCGGAUCCUUGGAUAUCUAGAGUGGCCAGAGUAUGUAAGGUCGAUGAGGGCGGGCCCAAGCAGUUACUCCAGAACAUCUGGACCUCCUUUCUGAAGGCACGACUUGUGUGCGGGAUUCCAAGAGAGUCACUGUAUUUUAACCGUCUGCAGGACGUUUUCAUCCAGCAUGCUGACGACUGGAGGGAUUCACGAGUGUAUGCGCUCUUCUCCAGCGGCUGGAACUCUACUGCUGUGUGCAUUUAUUCGUUGGCAGAGCUUGAUGUUGUUUUUGAGAAUUCCACCUUCAAAGGUUAUUCUGAGCCCAUUCCCACCCCAAGACCAGGAACGUGUGUCAAACAAAGCAGUUCCAUUCCAAUUUCUACCCUUCAAAUCAUUAAAGACCACCCAGAGAUGAAGGAAUGGAUUCAUCCCAUUCAAAAAGACAGACCUUUCUUCACAAGUAGUAAGAACUUCACCAAGAUAGCUGUUGACCGAGUCCAAGCUUCGGAUGACAGCAUACACAGUGUGCUGCUGCUUGCAACAGACGAUGGAGUGAUCGUUAAGAUCCUGGAGGAUGGCUCCAAAGCAUUCAUCAUCUCUGAAACGCAUCUGUGCAAUGGUUCAGCACCUGUACACUCAAUGAAACUUGACUCUGAGAAGAGGAAGCUCUUUGUAGGAUAUCCGGGACAGAUUUCUGUGUUAGAUCUGCAGAGAUGUCAAGAUUACAAUGCUUCCUGUGAAGAAUGUGUCCUUUCUCGUGAUCCAUACUGCGCUUGGACUGAACAAGGAUGCACAUCACAAACUAAAGGAGGAAUACAAAACAUUGCUGAUGGCCUAACUAAAGUAUGUCACCAAAAAUCAGGGGGAAGAUUGAGAAGAGAUGUGCAACAAGCAUCGACAGCUCCAUUAAGGAUUCAACUCUCUGUGCCCACUGGCAUCCCCUUCUACCUCUCUUGUCCUGUUGAAUCCAAUCAUGCUACUUACAAAUGGGAACACGAUCAAAAGAUCAUCCCAUGCCAGCAGACCCAAUCAGAAUGUCUCCUACUCAUCCCAAUCAUGACGACUGACAUACAUGGCAAUUACACAUGUAUGUCCCAUGAACUUGAUUACACCAAAACUGUGAGGGAAUACCAACUCUCAAAUGAUGCUUCUAAUGAUGCUUCUAAUUAUGCUUUUAAUGAUGCUUUCAAGCUCAGAAUACAGGACUGGUUAAUGGCUGCAUUUGUCACUAGUGCUUUUUAUCAGCUCUCGCUUUAAGGUCAAGGUAGUUAUAUAAAUGUCAGUGCUUCUGUCUGAUGACCUGUAAGCUGAUUAAAACCAUCUGUCACAUGUUGCCAUGUGACAGUAGUCAGUCUUAUCAAGUGAAGUUUAUAGGUAAGUAAAUACUGAAGUAAAAGAAAGCACUUGUCUUAGCAGAUUACUAGCAAUUACAUGCUUGCCAUCUGUUGAGUGGCUGUUGAAUGUAUACAAUGAGGUCCAAAGUCUGAAACCACAAUGAAAUUUUGGGCUUUCAGCUUUGGAAACUAGAAAAACUCAUUUUUGGAAACUUGAAAUUUAAGGAUUUCGGAUUGUUUAUGAAGUAAAAUUAAGUUAUAUGUCAGUUGCACUAUUUCUAGGUCACAAGACAGUUUUUAAAACAUUUACCAGCAUCGUUACAUACACCAGUAGAUAGCAACAAGUUAACUCUUUUCACAAGUGAUUCAUUAAAACAUAAUUAUUUCAGGAACAGAACAACUACUGUCUUUAUGAGUGAGUCAUUGAAUUAUUCACUCAACUGAUUCAUUCAAAAGCACUAAUUUAAAACAUUCAAAAACUCAGUGUUGCUAAGAGACGCACAUCAAUUUAGCUGUGGCUUGCUUUGGAAACUUUUUCAUUAGUGCAGCAAAAAUGCAUACACUUGUUUAUCGGGCUGUUAAAAUCAAAUUUCCACUCACAGAUGUGCUAUUAAUAUCAUAAUUUUUUACAUUAGUAUUAGAAAGCUGCGAUUUAAACAACUGCUCUUUUGUUCACUUUUACAUUCCACUGUAUAGAAAGCACUUUAUAUUGCUCCGAUUCGUGGACUCAUUGUCUUAACUGGUUUGGCAUUUUGUUCAAGAACUGUGGCUUGUGUGUGCAGACACUAUAUCAGUAUGUGAUGAGAUGACCAGGACUACACCAGAAAUGAGCAAAUGUGUGUCUGUUUACUGGUAAACAACUUCCUCUCAUUAGUCUCGUCUAGAGAUUGCAUCUGUUUAUUAAAGAUUAUGUCUGGCACUCUUGUUUGCACAUGCUUACUUUCGUAAUUAAGUUAUUUUCUUUCAUUUGUCUCGUUUCAAGCAAUUGUUCCCCUACCUGUAUAGUGCUACAGUAGUUGUGCAUGAGUUUGCUUUUAUUAAGAGAAAGAGAAAUAUAUGGCUGUUAUCCAAUCCAUAGUUGUUCAGGAAGUAUGUGAAAUUGUUGGUUGUAGUAAUAGUCAAGGAAUUCUGGGUGUGGUGAACAAAAGCAUGGAUACUACUGGGAUUCAGUGCUUUUGGCUGCUGCGUAGUCUACGGCUUGCUGCGUAGAACACAAUGUUCAAAGAGUUUAAACAUUUCUAGAUGUGGGAUUCCAAAAUAAAUAUGCAAUGAGUUAAUUACAGCUGUCAAAAUAUGCAGCAAAUAUAUGUUCUAAUAUAAUUCUCUUAUUUUAAAAUUAUAUAUACAUAUGUAGGGAACAAUAUUACACACCUUACAUUUUUAAUUCAUUACAACUAUAAAUUGAGUUAUAAAGUAAGUUUGGAUGCUGUUGUGUUAGUAGAGAAUGAAGAAGGAGUGCAUUAGGCUAUAGAUUUAUGAAAAUGAAAGGAAAAUUUGUAUAUUCUGUGACAUGUUCACUCAAAUGUGUUUCCAUUAGAAUAGUUUUAUGCUAAACCAUAUAUUUGUCUGGCAGACCUUUAAUAUUGGCUUUAUUGUUUUCUAUGCUAUUGAUCACAUGACGGUAUUGCCUGUAAUGUUCUCUUUAAUUUUUCAUUUAAUAUCAUAACACAUUAAUUAUUGAGAUAGACUCAUAAAUGUAAAAGCCAGAAUUGACAACAUGCAAAAAAAGUGUCAGCUGUGGACCGGCUUCUUGAUUCCAGUGUAUUUCCCAUCAAUAUUAAAUUAAAUGUCAUUAUUUAUCAUACUAAGG